CAUAGGAGGCUUAGGACCCAGGGGGCGCCUUUCAGCCGAAAAACACCUCGCUGCAGCAAGCUAGCUGGGAAGCUCCCAGUUCUAAAGAGAGGCUGUUUACCAGAAGAGCAUAACAAGGGCAGGUCUGACUGCAAGGCUGGGACUGGGAGGCAGAGCCGACGCCAAGGCGACCCCGGUUAGACACUGGUUGGUCAAUCACCCGCAAGAUGAAGGAGGUGAGGAUGCUCUUGGCCUGGGUGCAAACAUUCCUCAUCAGCAACAUGCUCCUAGCAGAAGCCUAUGGAUCUGGAGACUGCUUCUGGGACAACGGCCACCUGUACCGGGCGGACCAGCCCUCCCCAGCACCGGGCCUGUGCUGCCUCAACUGGCUGCAGGCGCAGAGCGACCUGGCGUCUGCCCCCGAGUGGGACGCCGGCAACCACAGCUACUGCCGGAACCCGGACCAGGACCCGCGAGGGCCCUGGUGCUACGUCAGCGGCAACGCCGGCGCUCCGGAGAAGCGGCCUUGCGAGGACCUGCGCUGCCCAGAUACCACUUCCCUGUCCCCUCCAACCUCCACAACAGAAACUGAGGAGGCGUCUGAAGUGCCAAGUGGAGAGGAGGUGCAGGUGUUCGCUCCUGCCAACGCCCUGCCUGCCCGGAGUGAGGCAGCAGCCGUGCAGCCAGUGAUUGGGAUCAGCCAGCGGGUGCGGGUGAACUCCAAGGAGAAAAAAGACCUGGGAACCCUCGGCUAUGUGCUGGGCAUUACCAUGAUGGUGAUCAUCAUCGCCAUUGGAGCUGGCAUCGUCUUGGGCUAUACCUACAAGAGGGGGAAGGACCUGAAAGAGCAGCAUGACCAGCAGGUGUGUGAGAGGGAGAUGCAGCGAAUUACCCUGCCCUUGUCUGCUUUCACCAACCCUACCUGUGAGAUCGUGGAUGAGAAGACUAUUGUGGUCCACACCAACCAGACUCCAGUGGACCUUCAGGAGGGUAGUGCUCCCCUCAUGGGUCAGGCAGGCACUCCUGGGGCCUGAGCCACCAAUAAUGGGCAGGAACCCAGGCAGAUACUGGUACAGGACAGCCUACCCUCCUACAGUUGGGAGGAGCUACACUUUCUGUUGUGGUUAAAACCGACCCUCGACCUUUUUUUUUUUUUUUAAAUU